UUGAAAAUUUGCCUUUAAAAGAGCACCGAGACACCCUUCUAGUUUUAGAAUGAUGAAGACAAAUUAUGAUACAAAAAACCAGUAUGGAUGUAGAGAAAGUUUUCCACAUGAAUGGAGGCACUGGCCACACCAGCUAUGCCAAAAACUCCUCAUAUCAGAAGAAAGCUUCUGAUUUGGUGAAGCAUAUAACCAUAGAAACGGUACAACAACUCUAUCUCACAACCACUCCAAAAAGCAUUGGUAUAGCUGAUUUGGGUUGCUCUUCAGGACCAAAUACCUUGUCUGUAAUCAAAGAUAUAAUUCAAGCUGUCCAAAGGACAAGUCUAAAAAUGCUGCAGCAAGCAAGAACACCAGAAUUCCGUGUAUACUUAAACGAUCUUCCUACAAAUGACUUUAACUCAAUCUUUAAGUCCUUACCAGACUUUUCAAAGGAAUUUAACAAGGACAGAAACGGUGGUGGGUGUACAAGCUCUAUCUUUAUAGGAGGCUAUCCUGGUUCCUUUUACGGUAGACUCUUUCCCAACAGCUGCUUGCACUUUGUCUAUUCCUCCUACAGUUUGCACUGGCUCUCCAGGAUUCCUCCAGGACUAUACAACGAGCAGGGCAAGUCCAUAAACAGAGGCACUGUUCACAUUACCAAAACCAGCCCAUUGGAGGUGUCUAUAGCAUACUCGAAGCAGUUCAAGGAGGAUUUUUUUUUGUUCCUUAAUUCAAGGUCUGAAGAGCUUGUUGCAGGUGGAAAAAUGGUUUUGAUCUUGUUGGGAAGAGAAGGUCCAGAUCAUAUUGACAGAGGCAACUCUUUCUUGUGGGAACUUCUAUCCCGCUCUUUUGCCAUAUUGGUAUCCAAGGGAAAAGUUGAGGGAGAGAAAGUGGAUUCGUAUGAGGUUCAUUUUUAUGCACCAUCGAAGGAAGAAAUAGAAGAGGUAGUGAAAAGAGAAGGUUCAUUUGAAGUGGAUCGGCUAGAGAUGUUGAAAAUUGAUAAGGAUGAGGAUGAGGACUACAAGUUAGAGAGCCAUGGAACAAAAGUUGCAAGAGCUGUUAGGAGUGUACAAGAAUCCUUGAUCUGCCACCAUUUUGGAGAAGGAAUUUUAGAUAGUUUAUUUGAGAUUUAUGGAAGAAUGAUCGAUGAAGAAAUGAAUAAGGAAGAAAUUAGGCCAAUCACUCUUGUUCUUGUUCUUAGAAAAUUAUGAAUUUUUGGGUUAAGGCGUGGAAAAAGUGGCAAUCAUGGAAAUGAGAAAAAGUUGUUUUAGCAUUAUUAUUGCAACAACCAUUGAUAUGAGCCUGCUGAUAGUCAAGUCAGUAGUCUUUGAAAAAAAUAAAUAAAUAAAUUGCAAAGUUUAUGUGGUCCA